GGUCACCUUUUUCUUCGUCUUCCUCCCCCUAGACAACAAUGGGCGGCGGAGCAGAAAAAUCGUUCGCCUCAACGGCGGCCGGAGAUAUCACCACUCCAAAAGAUAAAGAAGAAGAUGUAAGCUUGACUGACUUAAAGAAAAGAAUGGCCGAUUUCGCAAAGGAAAGAGAUUGGGAUCAGUUUCAUAGUCCACGAAAUCUCCUCCUCGCACUGGUGGGGGAAGUGGGAGAGUUAUCGGAGAUAUUUCAAUGGAAAGGCGAGGUGCCAAAAGGGCUUCCGGAUUGGAAAGAUGAAGAAAAAGAACAUCUCGGGGAGGAAUUAUCAGAUGUGUUGUUAUAUCUAAUCAGGCUAUCAGAUAUUUGUGGUAUUGAUCUUGGGAAAGCUGCACUUAGAAAACUACAAGUCAACGCCAUUAAGUACCCGGUCAACCUUUGCAAGGGAUCUUCCAAAAAACAUAAUCAAACCGUAAACACCUCUUUUCCGGCGGCCACCACUAGCAAUGGUAGCGGCAGCAUAGAGGAUGGUGUUGGUGUCUCUCAUGAUGGUGUUUGAUUUUUUAUUUUUUUUUCUCUUUUUGUUUUAUUUCUUGUUUUUACUGUUGACUUAAUGAAAUUUCUUUUAUAUGGUUUGUUUUUUUAUAUGGGUUAUAAUUGUUUAAUCAAUUUUCAUUUGUAUGGUCCCUGUUUGUGUGGUUGCGGAUAUAUGGUCCUCGUUGUUUUAACUUUUUCUUCUAGAAUGUUUGGUUUUUUAA